UAUUGUGCAGGGCUUUGGAGAAAAGGAAUAAACACAUCUAUCGCCAUUGAACCCCGAGGCGAGGCGGGUAAAGCUGGAACUGCAAGAGAGAAGCAGGGGGAGCGAGAAUGGAGGCAUUGAAGGUGUUGAGCCUAUCUUCUCGGCCAUUCCGUCGCCAUCUUCUCCACUUUACUUCUUCAGCUCCCACUCCAAAUCCUGCAUAUUAUUCUACUUCAAUUCUCCGAUGUUGCUCCCCUGCUGCCACCGGAGGCGGCGUAGCUUCAGCAAGGCCUGCCGGCCGCAGCCGCCGUUCCUCCUCCUCCUCCUCUCCUACUUCAUCUUCGUCCACUUCAGACCGUGAGGCCGUUCGAGCUAUUAGGUUGAAAAAGGUGGAGGAACUAAGGAGCAAAGGGUUUGAGCCCUAUGCAUAUAAAUGGGACAGAACUCAUAAUGCUAAUCAGCUGCAGGAGUUGUAUAGGAAUUUGGGGAACGGCGAAGAAUCAAGCAGUGAGAGUGAUCAUGUAUCCGUAGCUGGGAGAAUUGUUGCCCGCAGGGCUUUUGGGAAGCUUGCUUUUCUGACACUGAGAGAUGACUCUGGGACUAUUCAGCUUUACUGUGACAAAGAGAGGCUCGUGGAUGAUCAAUUUGACCAGCUGAAGAACCUUGUUGAUAUCGGUGACAUAUUGGGUGCUAGUGGUUCAAUGAAGCGGACAGAAAAAGGAGAGCUUUCUGUUUGUGUAAAAUCUUUCACCAUUCUUACAAAGUCUCUGCUUCCACUUCCGGACAAGUAUCAUGGUUUAACCGAUGUUGAUAAGAGAUAUCGCCAGCGUUAUGUUGAUAUGAUAGCAAAUCCUGAAGUGGCUGAUGUAUUCCGCAAAAGAGCAAAGAUUGUUUCAGAAAUCCGCAAGACAGUGGAAUCAUCAGGUUUCAUUGAAGUUGAAACACCAGUUCUACAGGGAGCAGCUGGUGGAGCUGAAGCUAGACCCUUUAUGACAUAUCACAAUUCACUUGGAAGAGACCUCUAUCUUAGGAUUGCAACUGAGCUGCAUUUAAAGAGAAUGUUGGUGGGGGGUUUCGAGAAGGUAUACGAGAUAGGCAGAAUAUUUAGAAAUGAAGGAAUUUCACCCCGUCAUAAUCCUGAGUUUACAACUAUUGAGAUGUAUGAAGCUUAUUCAGAUUAUGAGAGCAUGAUGAAUAUGACAGAAGAGAUUGUUACAAAUUGUGCUCUUGCUGUUCACGGGAAGCUUACAAUUGACUACCAGGGGGCAGAUAUAUGCCUAGAGCGGCCUUGGAGGAGGGAAAGCAUGCAUAAUCUUGUAAAAGAAGUAACUGGUAUAGAUUACAAUGAUUUGGGCAGUGAUCUUAGAGUUGCUAAGGAGGUAUCUUUGAAGUCUCUCGAACCUGAGCUUGAAAGCAAAGACAGGUCUGCUAUUGAGGCAUGUGCUUCUGUAGGUCACCUUCUUAAUGAGGUUUUUGAAAUUUUCGUAGAGCCAAAGCUCCAGCAACCCACAUUCGUUUUGGACUAUCCCAUUGAGAUAUCUCCCCUCGCAAAGCCUCACAGAAGGCAUGUAGGCUUGACUGAGAGGUUUGAACUCUUCAUCUGUGGUCGUGAAUUGGCCAACGCAUUCUCUGAAUUGACUGAUCCAAUGGAUCAGAGGGUAAGAUUGGAAGAGCAAGUGAGGCAGCACAAUGAGAAAAGGAUGGCAUCUGGUUCGGAAGUGUGUUCUAGUUCUACAGAAGUAGGUAGAAAGAAAGAUGAGGAUGAUUCAUAUGAAGUUGCAUUGGAUGAUGACUUCCUAGCAGCAUUGGAAUAUGGAAUGCCUCCUGCUUCUGGAUUGGGACUUGGAAUUGAUAGGCUGGUAAUGCUUUUGACGAACUCACCGAGUAUCCGGGAUGUUAUUGCCUUCCCCGUGCUCAAGAUCCAGCAGUAGGGGUUCCCUGGAAGACAGCGGCAAUGAAGUGGAGCGAAGCUGGAAACUGAAUGAAGCUCAGCCAAGCAAUCACUUUGGAGACCUAUCAUAUCAUUUCCCCAUAAAAUGAUGCUGGUUGGAAGUUUUGUGAAUUUUUGAGAGCAUUGUUCCUUUAUUAUAUACUGAGAGUUUUACCUCCGCAAUUCUGAAGUUUGCCACUUUACUGAUUGAUAGUCUUGUGUUUUAGCACCACUGAAAAUAAAGGAGAGUGAUUUCUUGUUACAGAACGCAGACUAACGGAAGGUCUAGUGACUAACUUCCUCUCCAGGUGAAUGAAUAAAGCAACCAAGAAGAAGAAUAGUGGCAAGUCUUGUUUGUACAGGAAAGAAAUACCAAAACGAAUACAAAAAGCGAAGAUGUGUGCAGUAGCAAGCAUUUGUCAUGACUUAUUAUCUUUACAGUUUAGAAGGCAGGUCAACAUCUGUUUUACUACAGGGGAACAACCUGGAAGUAUUUUUACAAACCAUAAACGAGGAAUGGUAGAACUAGAAAGCGUGUGGUGUUUGGUGUAAUCAUGAAGGGGUCACCUUUCCUUCCAGCUUGAAUUGAACUAACUCUAAUGACGGGUCAGACAGGAAGGAGAAGGAAACAAAGGCAUCGAAUACCAAAACUCAAAUGAUGAUAUUCAUUCAUAUUUCAGACUCUUAUCAAGCCUGAUUGUGAUUGGUGGUGGCUGGGCCUGGAGACAGAUAGCUUGUUCAUGUGGGUGUUCAAACUCUUCAAGGUCCGAUUAUGCAUGCAGCUCAGCUCGUAAGGAAAGGAAGUUCGACUGCCAAAAGACCCUUCAUCAGUAAAUACCUGAAACCAAGGGCCAAAAGAUCAUGCCUUGUCCCUGAAGCAUCAAAUUGUAGAUAAAAGAAUGAUCGCUCUUCUUUAGUCUUAUGAUCUCAUGCACACAUCAAAAGAUUAUUGAGAUAAACCUAAAAUCUCUUCUCGUUGCUACGAAGGGAGGAAGUGGAGAAUAUCACAAUGCAAUCUUGGAAGAUUUCAUAGAGAAGCGAUAUCUUUUUUGGGCUUCAAGAUUACUAAAGAAAGGGCAGGAAAGGAAGGAUCUUGUUUUGCUUGUCGCUAAUCGUUUGUUUGCUUUUGUUCUACUAAAGAGUGCAAUUAGUUUGAGGGUUUGUUUUAACACGGACGAGACACUUGGGUGUGAAAAACCAAAAGGAUAACCACAAAAGUAAUACAAAACAGAGGAUACAACAGACAUCGCCUGAACAGGGGAAGGCUGCUGUAAAAAAAAAAAAAACACAUAGCAGCAACAAAGCAAAGAAAAGAACAGGGAAAGAUCAAACCCAUAGCAGGCGACGGUCACAAGAGGAAUGAGUUCCCGAUAUUGAUAAACCCAGAGAAGUGAUUCGGAUGUAAAGGAUAGGGAUAACAUGCAAAGAUCUAAACUUUAUUGGAACCAUAGAUGAAGAAUCCAUGGAAGUACACAAAAGCAGCGGCAGCAGCAGCAGCAGCAGCUGGCAGAAUGAUUGAGAACCCAGAAGGAAAAAUCUCUCAAAGCAACCGCCUACUGCUAUGUUUAUGGAUGUUAACCAGAGAGAGUGAGAGAGAGGCACUUCGCCGGGGAAUCGAUCUUCGAUCUAUAUUAUUUUUCAGUUCAAGAUGAAAGAUUAUGCCGAUUGGCGAAGGUCAUAAAUCUCUGUAUAAUUAUCUGCUUGUUCCUGUAAUUUUUCCGCUUGAUUUUAGAUUUUUCCCGGCAAUUUAUUUGACCUCCAUGCCAACAAAUAGCGGAAAUUCAAUAUAUCGACAAAAACUCGUAAAUAUCGCGAUAUAUUAUUAUAUCGUAAUAUAUCGCCAAUUUCAAU